AUGAUCUACAAGAUUAUCUCAAAACUGCUUACUAAGCGUCUACAGCCUAUCUUGCCAACUAUUAUCUCGGAGAAUCAAACGGCUUUUGUUCCGGGACGUGCGAUCUCAGAUAAUGUUUUGAUCACUCAUGAGACUCUACACUAUCUAAAGGGAUCAAAAGUGACUAAAUUCUGUUCAAUGGCGGUGAAAACAGAUAUGAGUAAGGCCUAUGAUAGAUUGGAAUGGAAUUUUAUAGCUACGGUCCUAGAGAGAAUGGGAUUCCAUGCCAAAUGGAUCAAUUGGAUUUUCCAAUGCAUCUCUACAGUUUCCUAUUCUUUCCUAAUCAACGGAUCAGCACAAGGAAGCGUCAUACCUCAACGUGGUAUCAGGCAAGGGGAUCCUUUAUCUCCAUUCAUCUUCAUCCUCUGCGGAGAGGUCCUCACGGGUCUCUGCAACAAUGCUCAAGUAAGUGGGCUACUUCCGGGAAUAAAAGUUGCGAAAGAGAGUCCACGCAUCAAUCACCUGUUGUUUGCAGAUGACACAAUGUUCUUCUGUAAAACGAAACACCAAUGCUGCGUUGCGCUAACGUCAAUCCUGAAGAAAUACGAGGAAGCAUCAGGUCAACAAAUCAACAGCCAGAAAUCAUCUAUCACUUUCUCGUCAAAAACCCCUCAAGAAAUGAAAGAUAGAGUGAAAUAG